CUUAUAUAUGACAUAUAGCAUAUAUAUGCAGAUAUAAUUAGCACUGUAGCUUGUAUUAUAGCUUCACGUGCAAAUAGGAGAAAAUUAAGGAAUAUGAUUCCAUCCUAUCAAGAGUUAAAAGUUCUAGGGAGGAACUCGUUGUAAGACAGCGAAAGAGAGAUCUUAUAUAUUAUUAUAUCUGUCGCUCACCAAAAAAAGCUUUUGUGUUUUUAAUUAGUAUUUAAAAUGUUGUUAUAAUUUUUUUUUUUGAGUCAAAAUGUUGUUAUAAUUUUAAUUUUAUUAUAUGUAUAAUUUAUAAUUUUUGUUAUAAUUUAUAAUUUUUGUUAGAAUUUAGAAAUGUAUAGUUAAGGUGUAUCUUCUAUCUCAAAAUCAUUUGACAAUAAGAUGAGUGAUUUAUAAAUUUUACACCCAUUAGUAAUAUAGGACUAUUUCUAAUAAUAUAAUGCUGAUAAUAUUGUUCAAAUAUCGUAUAUAUUUCACACUUGUAUAAACAAGAUAUGUAUACUUACACACUUAUAAUUAGUAGGUGGCAAUAAUAUUGUUGUUUAAAUUAGUGGGAUCUUUCUCAAAUCAAUUCGAUUGGUUGAAAACUUUUACCACUUAAUUUUAUUGUAAUUUGAUUAGUUGAAAAUAUUUUUCAUUGAUGUUCAACACCAUAUUAAUAUGGCAUUUUGGAGUUCAUUAACGAUUUUUAUAUUAUUUAUAUUAAAUAAAACUUGAUAUUAAAACACACUAAUAUAUGAUCAUGCCGCCUACCAUUAAUUAUGUCUGCUGUACAGUAUUGUUUCUUUGUUGAUGGUGCAUAUGACUCUUCCACGGGCCUCUUAUUUCCCGUUAAUUUUAAUAUAUACGUUUUCUCGAAGUUUGCGCCAUGUUUAACUAAAUCCAUAUCAUAUAUAUAUAUAUGGUGUAAUUCCAGAUAUAUUCGAUCUCUCCCCUGAUUUUAUAUUCAAUUAUUGCAUUUUUCCAUGUGAUAGAACAAUAGCAAUAUUUCUGCAUAUUUAUUAUAAUAGUAGUGAAUAGUGAUAAUUAAAUAAGUUGCCAGCUCUAUAUAUAGAAUGUCAAAUUAUAAAAAUCCACUUAUCGGCAACAUACUUAGUUAUGACCUAAUAGUAAUAAUUCGGGUCUCUAAUCAUGAUUAAUUAGCAUUAUUAUGUAUAUUUUGUGACUGUGACUUAGAUGUAUCGAUCACAAUUAAUAGUUUUAAAUGGAGACAUAGUUAUAUUUUGUCAAAGCUAGCUGCUAUAUAUACAAGAUGAAAAUUCCAAUUAUUUCAUUGACAAUCCUUCUCUAAAAGAAAAAGGGGAACCUUGCCACACCCACACAAAAAUAACUCUCUAGCUAUAAUCAAUCUAAGACAUGGGAUCUCCAAUUUUUUCCUCAUUUUUCAUUGCCACCCUUCUCCUCAUAUUGGCCAACAAAGCCAUCACAGCUCAGGAUUAUCAUACUUCAUCAUCUACUUGUGCUAAAACCUAUGUCAAAAAUGCAUGUAAUUCAACAUUGUACGUGAAAGAAUGCCAAAAGGCACUUAUGCCCUACGCCGCCAAAAUCAAAUCCAAUCCUAAAAAGCUAUGCUCAUACUCUCUCAAAUUUGCUCUUGCCGCCGCCAGCGACGCUUAUAAAACCGUCGUAAAGAUUGGAAAAUCUAAAGGAUUGACGACAACAGACAAGGCCGUCCUGGCGGAUUGCAAGGACAGCCUCAAGGACUCUGUGGAAGAACUCCAGCAGUGCAAGGAAGCCCUUGAUAGCAUUAAUAGAAAUAAUUCUACAUCGUCCGAUGAGGCCAAGUUCCAAACAGAGAAUAUAAAGACUUGGGCCAGUGCUGCCUUAACGGAUGAAUACACGUGCCACGAUGAGAUCGAAGAAGAGAAGGUUGGCCCAACCAUGAAGAAGAAACUCGAUGCUUCUGUUGUUAAAGUCUCCAGAUCGGCAAGCAUUCUUCUGGCUAUCGUUAAUGGUUACUGUAGUAAUUAUUAAUUUAUUAAACCCUAGCUCUCAUAAUUUAGUUUUUCUCGUGAUCGAUCGAUCCACAUGCAUUAUCUUGUAUUUAUUUUUUAUUUUUUUAUAAAAAAAGAAAAAAGAAGUAUUAUGUGUGCAGUUUUAAUUAAUACAAUUUAUUUAAGUUUUGUUCUCUGCUUUAUGUUUUGUUUAUGCCACUAAAGUGGUAAUUGAAAGGUUAUAUGCCCUGUAACAUUAUUAUUUUUAAGGGUAAUCAAUUAAUUUACGUAUUGUUUUUGUU